AUGCUACAGCAAGUUAGUGCAGAGCGCUGGAGGAGCCCAAAGAACUAUUGCAUGAAACAAGAGAGGAGAGAAGAAACCCUGAUUAAUAAGUCAGUUUUUGCGACGUUCGCCAGUACCUUUGCGUGUCUGCAAAAGACUCGCGACAACAUGAGUGCAGAGCUGAAUAUGGGCCCGGAGCUACCCAGCAGCCCUCUGGCUCUGGAAUAUGUCAACGACUUUGAUCUGAUGAAGUUUGACGUGAAGAAAGAGGGCCUGGCCGGGCUGGAUCGGAACGGGGUGCGCCAGUGCAACCGUCUCCAACCCCAGGGCUCCGUGUCCUCCACCCCCAUCAGCACGCCCUGCAGCUCCGUGCCCUCGUCGCCCAGCUUCAGCCCGACAGAGCAGAAGCACCACCUGGAGGAGCUGUACUGGAUGCCCAACAACGGCUACCACCAGCAGAUAGACCCCCAGACGCUGAGCCUGACCCCCGAGGACGCAGUGGAGGCCCUGAUCGGGGCCACGGCCCACGGCCACCCCCCGCCCCCGCACGUGCAGCAGCAGCUGCAGCAGCAGCAGCAGGGCGCCUUCGAGGGCUACCGGGGUCCGCACCACCACAGCCACCACGGCCACGGCCAGCAGCACCAUCACCCGUACGCGGCCGGCAUCCAGCACCACGGCGAGGAGCUGUCCGGCCACCCCGCUGGCCUGAGCCACGCGCACAGCCAGCACCACCACCAUCACAGCCAGGACCCCGACAGCCCCUCCCCGGUGUCCCCAGAGUCCCACCAGCCGCUCCACCACCACCGCCACCACCACCACCACCACCCGCACGGCCACCUGGGCCAGUCCGGCGCGCACCACGGCUCCGGGGGGGGGCUGAACGUGGAGGACCGCUUCUCCGACGAGCAGCUGGUGUCCAUGUCCGUGCGGGAGCUCAACAGACACCUGCGCGGCUUCACCAAGGACGAGGUCAUCCGCCUCAAGCAGAAGAGGAGGACCCUGAAGAACCGGGGAUACGCGCAGUCCUGCAGGUUCAAGCGCGUGCAGCAGAAGCACGUGCUGGAGAACGAGAAGACGCAGCUGAUGAACCAGGUGGAGCAGCUGAAGGCGGAGAUCAGCCGGCUGGCGAGGGAGAGGGACGCCUACAAACUCAAGUGCGAGAAACUGACCGGGUCAGGGGCCAGCAGCGGGUUCCGCGAGGCGGGCUCGACCAGCGACAACCCCUCAUCACCAGAGUUUUUUAUCUUUCAAAUCAUCUCUUCCACCUUCAGCUGCUUCUCUCAGCAGCAGCAGAGAGUCCCGGGACAGUCGGCCUGCCUCCACUCACCGCCCGGGCCUCAGCACUUUCAGGCUCUACGCAGCUCCACCAGCCUCUAG